UUCUGCGUGAAAUUUUUUGCCAAAUUCUUCUCUGCGGGUCUAUUGUCUUCUCCAUCUCUUUCUGCGGCGAUCUCCUCACAAUUCUCUCUGUCGGAAUCGAAUGGAAGUUUAGUUAAAAGAAAAGAAGAGGAACUGUUCCAGAAGUACAUCAGUACUGGUUGUCUGGGCUUAACUGCUUCUUUUGAUACUUGUGAAGAUCUGCUGUCUUCAUGGGUGAAUCAUUCACUAUACAGAUCCACAGCAAUUUAGUUAAACAGCUUGCUGAUGAGGGUGAAAAAUUGAAGAAGAAAACGAGGAAACCAAAACCAAAGGUACAAAGAGAAAACAAAACAGCACAUCAGAAGCUAAUCUCUAGUGAUCCUGAUGAAACGAGGGGGCGUGCUGCUACAGGAUGGCCUGUUCAGCCUCCUUUGUUGAUCCCAGUCCCUCCACCACCUCAUCCUGCAAUUGCAGAAUUAGAUGCUAUUCGAUCUGUGCUUAAAGAGAGCGAAGAGGCUGUGGAGAAGUUGCAGAAACAUGAGGAAAAAAUGUUGCAAGAAGUGACAAAGAAGGCAAAGGAUCUACACGACAAGGAAUUCAAACUUCCAAAUCAAAAGCCUAUCCCAUGCUUGGAUGAGAGAGAUGCUUGUUUUAAAUGCUACAAGGAACAUGAAAAGGAUCCCCUAAGUUGUGCUAAUGUGGUUCAAAAUUUUGCAGAAUGUGCUCGGAGAGUUAAGCAACAAGUCAACCUGGCCGGUAAGUAGAUUUAGCUUGUGGAGAAAAGAUGUUUACAAAGUGGUUGCCAUUUCACUUGGUGGAAAUAAAAAACUGUAUUGUUUUAACCAUGUAGACUUGAAGAAGCUUAUGGUGGUUGUAUCUUUUGUCCUUUAAGUUGUGGAUGCAAAUGAUUUUGUGGCAUUUGCCUAAUUGAAAAUUUCCUAACAGGAGUUAUAUUGCUUCUACACAGGCCCAAGAGUUCUGCAAAUAAAAUGUUUGUUUUCUUU